UACAAAUCAUGUGACUGAGUAUUCAGAGUGUUGGCACGUCGGGCGUAAAGUGCAUUUGGUUUCACAAGGACUCGGGAUGGCGGAGAGGACUAUUCUGGGAAUGUUGAUUCUUCUCUCUCUACACCAGACAUAUGCAGCUUUGGACGUCUUUGCUCCUUCCCCACAAAAGUCCCUUGUCACCGAUCACACCUUCCUCAACUGCACCUUCUCGGUGGAUAACAAGCGACUGGAUCUUAAUUUCCUGGCCAUAUUGUGGAGUUUCCAGGGAAAAGUCAUCCUGAGAUAUGAUAACAAAGGCUUCUCCACCCAAGAUCCCAGGAUGUCCCUCAAUGUGGAAUCUCUGCGGGAUGGAUUUGCCUCACUACACAUAUCCAAUGUAUCCAUCUCCGAUGGGGGCAUCUAUAAGUGUUCCGUUAUCUACAGCCCUGAAAGCAAGGAGAAGGAGAUUUCAUUUGAAGUUUUUGCCAAACCUCUACUAUCCAUACUUAACACGAAGGUCCACAGAAAUACAGAGAAAACCCUGACCUGUACAGCCACUGGAUUCUUCCCUCCAGAUAUCGGGAUAACGUGGUACAGAAACAAAGAGGUCCUGAGAAAUCCAUUAAUGGGAAAACCACAAAUGUAUGAAAAUGGGACAUACUAUGUUGACAGCAAUGUGACAAUCACACCAACCGAUGACGACCAGAACAAGACCUUCUCCUGUAGAGUCCAACAUGACUCUCUACAAGAACCUCUGCAGAAGGACUACCUGCUCAUCUUUGAAGAUAUAGAGGUGGACCAAUCCUUAUCCAGUGUGGUCAUUGCGAUCUGUAUUGUUCUGCCUUUGGCAAUAAUCAUAUUUGGGAUUGUAAUUUUUUCCCUGAAGCAAAAAAACAGAAAAAAAGAUAUAGAAGUUUUUGCAGUAAUGGACAUUGAAGGUCCUUCCAAGCUGAUUGCUGGAGAAGAAACAUCUCUAUACUGUAGAGCCACCAAUUGCCCAGAGAACACGAGUGUGACUUGGCUGGAGAAGAGAGGAGGAGAAGUCUGUGAGAUCCCAGAGUCCCAUGGAGGAGAUAAGGAGGAAGAGGAGAGACUGAUGGACACAGAGUAUGGGGUCAUAUCAUGCAGAGAGGGACCUAACCUCACAUCUUCACUGACGUUUAGACCCAACGUGACCAAUCACAAAGAUGUGACCUUCAUCUGUAGAUAUAGUCGUGGGAAAGAGAAGAAAGAGAAAACAUUUCACUGCGGAGAUAUUUAUGCUAAGCCUCAGCUUGUACAGUCGAUAUCAAGAAGUUUAAUUGUCUCAGGAGUGCUGAAAUAUUUGGUCACUCUGGAGAAUUUUUACCCCAAAAAUAUCACAAUCAGAUGGACACGGGGAAUAGGGGAGCCACAAGAAGCCUUACCAUCCAGGGAGACAUUCACAGAUAAUCCUGAUGGGACAUCUAAUGUGUACAGUGAGGUGAAAAUUCCCGAGGAGCACCUGAAGGAUCCAGAAUUCAGAGUACGGGUGAGCUGGGAACAUGAAUCUCUGGACACACCGGGAUAUAAGGAUCUUUCUAUCAGAGACUCAGAAUACACAUGGAACCCAGUAGUGGAAGAGAUACAGACACCCAACAUAUUCCAUGACACCCCGGUCACUCUACAGUGUCAUAUCUCUGAGUACUUUCCUGAUGCCAUCACUGUGAUCUGGCUGAGAAGAAGCCGGGAUGAGGAGUUAUGUGAGGAGACGGAUAAUAUGGUUAGCAGUACAAUAACCCCCAGGAGAGAGGCUGACAACACAUACAGCUGUACAGCCAGUCUGACCAUCAUCCCCACACUGAGUGUCCACCAGGGGGCAGAAUACAUCUGUAGGGUGGAUCACCCCUCUCUGGAGAAUCCCAUUGAGAAAAGAACGGAAAAACUUGUUGUAAAAGGUAAACCCCAGAUGGUGGAGCCGAUAAUGAUCACUAUGGGGGAUUCCUCUCGUGUUCUCUUCACCCUCCAUCUACAGAAGUUUUACCCAGAAAAGAUUGAAAUAGAAUGGACAUAUAAAUAUAAAGAUAAAAAGUAUGAAAUGCCAUGGAACAACAACUUUCAAAAACACAAAGAUCUCACACAUGAUGUCACCAGUGUUGGCAGCAUUAUUAUGUAUAUGUUUGAUGAUCUGCAGAUCAAAUUCUCAGUAACAUGGAAACACGAAUCUAUGGAUGAACCGGAGACCAGAACACUGACUGUGAGAGGUAAGGAAGAGAAUAUAUCAAAUAGCAUAAAUAUUUAAUUCAGGAUAGAGCUAUUGUCUUUCUAAACAAUAAAACAAAUUGUGUGAAAUGUUUAUUUUAAAGGAUA